AUGACAAUCUCAGGAGACUCCUUGGUCAACGCCAUCCAAGACGUGGCCAACGAUGGUGUUAGCGAUGGCAACAAGAAGCGGCCCUACCUCCUCUUCGCCGCCGCUGCAGCGACUGGCCACACCUAUCCCCUUCUCCUGAUUGCAGCAGAGAUGGUUCAGAGAGGCUUCGAAGCCACCUUCAUCGCCGGAGAAGAGUUCCACGCCCAGGUCAAGCGGUUGGGUGCCGAACACGUCCCCACCCCUUCCAUGAUAAACGAUGAGUUGAUCGCGGUUCGCGAUAAGAUUCCAGUGGGAGUACCCCGUCUCAUGUUCGAUUUGAGCAACGUCUUCAUCAAGCCAGUCCCCCGCUUGUUCGAGACGCUCAUGGACACCCUCGAGAAGAUCCGCGAGAGACGGCCGUCUCAGCAGAUCAUCAUCGUCCACGAGACCAUGUUCAUGGGUCUCACUCCCAUGAUGUACGGAGCGCCCCUCCCGAAGGGCUUCACCACGAGGCCACCCGUCAUCGACAUCAACAUCAUUCCUGUGGUUGCCACCAGCAUCGACACCGCGCCUUUCGGCCCCGGUCUUCCUCCGGACUCGACCUACUCCGGCCGCGCACGCAACAAGCUCCUCAACGAGAUGUUCUUCAGCCCCAUCGGGCCCUUUGGUCCGGCAUCCCAAGAGUACAACGAUGUGCUUCGAUCCCUUGGAGCGACUAAGGAGGUCCCACCCACUUUGUUCGAGACAUGGCAGACCAGCUACGACGUAACCCUGCAAAUGUGUUCCCAGAGCCUCGAAUACCCCAGGUCCGACCACCCUGAAAUCAUCAAGUACGCCGGCUGCCUGCCACCCAAGCCGGUCGACCCUAACUACAAGUACCCCGAAUGGUGGGCAGAUGUCACGGCCGGAAACAAGAAGGUCAUCGGCGUCGCACAAGGAACCAUCGCAACAGACUACAACGACCUUGUCAUCCCCACCAUCCAAGGCCUGGCAGACCGUGACGACGUUAUUGUGGUCGCCAUUCUCGGUGUCAAGGGCGCUACACUGCCCGAGGACGUCAAGAUCCCCGCAAACACGAGGGUCGCCGACUUCCUUUCCUACGACGCCUUGUUGAAGCACGCCGACGUCUGGGUUAUGAAUGCCGGAUACGGUGGCUUCCUGCACGGCAUCGUGAACGGUGUGCCGAUGGUUCUCGGUGGAGAUACCGAAGACAAGCCUGAGAUCGCGAUGCGCGGCGAGUAUGUGGGUGUGGCGUACAACCUCAAGACCGGAAAGCCAACGGCGGAGCAGGUCGCCGAGGGUGUUGCAGAGGUGUUGGCCAACGACAAGUACAAGAAGAGGGUGAUGGAGAUCAAGAAGGAGAACGAGGAUUUGAAGUCGUUGGAUACCAUUGAGAAGUACAUCUGGCAGUACGCGGAGUCUGCGUAG